AUGGGUGCUCUAUUUUCCAAAUUGUGGGAAUUGUUUAACGGCAAACAAUUAGAAAUUUUGAUGGUCGGACUGGCCAACAGCGGAAAGACCACCUUGUUGAAUGUUAUCAGUGAUAAUGAACCAGGUGAUACAUUACCAACAGUGGGUGUCAAUGUUAGACAUGUAAAGAAAGGAAACGUUACAAUGAAAGUGAUGGACCUCGGUGGUCAAGAGAGAUUUAGAAAUUUGUGGGUCCAACAUUCUGGCAGUUGUCAAGUUGUGAUAUUUGUUGUUGAUGGUGCCGAUAUUGACAAGGUUCCAGAAGCAAAACGAGAACUUCACAAACUGUUAGAAAACAAAGAUUUGGAAGGAAAGCCAGUGUUGAUUGUUUUGAACAAGAUUGAUAUUGAACGAAGAUUUACAAAGGACGACAUUGUCAAACACAUGAAUUUGGAUUAUAUUGACAAUAAGAAGAAUCCUUGGGCUGUCAUUCCAAUUUCUGCUUUACACAAGACCAAUAUUACCGAUGUUGUGGAUUGGUUGAUUAAGCAAACUAAAUAA